AUGGAAUCUCUUACUCUGUUUUCCAGCUGCAGAGAAGCAAUCUCUUCCUCUCUCACAUUCGGCUACCCGGAGGCCUCUGGACCCGGGAUCCGCCGCCGGCUCUCCUCUCUCUCCCUGAAUCUGAAGAUCCAGCCGUCGUCCCCCCCCGCCGCUGCGUGGGCCAUGCGGCGCCCCAAAUCCAUAUCCGCCAUGGGAGAAUACGCCGGCAGCUCCGCGAGGAAGUGGUGGGAGUGGGGAUGGGGAUGGAUCCUCACCCGAAAACCUACCUUCGCCGCCGAUCUGGAAAUGAACGAGGAAGAGGUCGCCGCCAUCGGCAGCCACAGCAGGGGCAGCUGGCCCCACGUCUUCUACAAGCUCACCCCCCACCUCCGCCCAAGCUGCUCGGCUCCGACAAUGUCGGCCUCCCCAGACCUUCCGCUACGAUUCCUUCAACAAUGGAAAGUCCUCCGCCUCCUUCAUCCACUGAUCCACCAUUCCUUCGUGCUCGGAUAAUCGUUCUUUCAUUUAUUGAUUGCCGGUAUUAUAAUUACGUAUAUUCGAUCCCCUUUUUGGCUCAAUUGCUGCUCUCUCUCAAAUCUGAGGGGAUCGGCCGGCAUCAAAUCUUUCAUUGUGCGUGUGAUUAAUUAAUUCAUAUAUAGCGUUUUGUAUGAUAUUCUUUUUAAUUAGUUGUUUCAUUUAUCAUUAGUAGUCCCGGUUUGUAAUUCGUUGAAAUAUAUGAAGAUGUCCACUUAAUUGUAAAAUGUUCCAUACAAAUCUGGAUUCAGCUCUGCUAAAUUUCAUUAAUGGUGCCGACACCAAUCACAUUUCUAGUUGGGUGAUGUUUAAAAGUAUGUGUAGGUUUAGGUGUGUGUAUAUAGUUACAUGUGUUUUUCCCCGACUCAACCUGUAUAUGUCGGUGAUCCAUUCACCACCGACUUCUCUGUUUGCAUUCAUUAAUAAGUUAUUUUAUGUUUAUUCAAAUCAUUGCUCACAA